AUGAACUGCCAUCGUGUCUCUGUCUCGCUGCAGAGGCCGCCAUGUCUGUGGUCCUACCUGCUGUUCAAGCGCUUCCCCAAGCUACAGGCGCACGACGUUAAAGACGUUACCAUAGUAACCGCCUACUUCAACCUGGGGAAGGCGCCAACGGCCGGCAAGACCUUCUCCCUCUACAAGUACCUCACGUGGGCCAGCGUCUUCCGGCAUCUGCAGAACCCUCUCGUCGUCUACACGGACUCGGAGCAAAUGCGCAAUAUGCUUGUGGAGACGAGGCGCCACCUGUCCAACAACACGCUAGUCAUCUUCAUCACCAGGUCUCAGCUGAAGGCUUUCCGCCGGCUGGAGGAAAUAAGAAGCAUUUUCCGCUCCCCCGACUACCCCAAGUACCCGCCCAACACCGUCGUUGCCGAGUACCCGUGCAGCCAGCACGCCAAGCACGAGCUCGUGAAAGACACCAUCGACAAGAGUUACUUCCCCUGGACCAGGUACAUCGCAUGGCUGGACAUCGGGUACUUCCGGUACCUCACUGAGAGGAGGAGGAACUUCUGGAUCGUCCGGCCACCGGACAUGGAUGACGCCAAGAUGGCCGUGACGCAGAUCAUGCCACCCGACUUCACCCUGUACCCUGACGAAAUCUUCAAAAACAACCUGGUGUGGGUGGGGGGAGGUAUGAGCGUGGGUACCCGGGGUGUGUACCGACAGUUCGCCGAGGAAUACACGGGCGCCACGGACGCUUUCCUGGACCAGGGGCUGAGCAACACGGACCAGCAGGUGUUGUACGCCAUGUUUACACACCCGCACGGACUGCAGCACCGGGUGUCCACGCAGCUACAGAUGUACACGUGGUCGCUGAGCUGCGUGUGGGACUGCUGGUUCUACCUGGGUUACCUGUGUUAUCGCGAGGAGUGACAUGCCGGCUACCGAGGCUACCUGUGAUGCUCGGUCCUUUGUCAACCACCUGUCACUCAGUGUGCCACACGGCUACCGGCACUCCAUGGUCUUCGACUGUCCGUACUUGUCGGAGUUAGACAGAUAGAGUUGAUACAGAAAAUACAGAUGUUUACGUGUUUAGUGAGACGUCACAGUGUAGACGUGUGCAGGUCUCCAUCUGUGCAGCAGAGCAGGUAAGUCAGCACAGGUAACACGCAAGCUCUGUAUCGCCAUGUCGUGGUAAGCUCUGUCACAGGUCAUCCGUCCAACACCAGCGACUACCGACAGUGGAAGUCAAACCUGUGUGUCGGCAUCACACACCGUGUCGCUUUGAUGUGUGUGACCUUCGUGCAUGAACUGUUUGUAGGCGUGAACACUCCACACACCGCAUGGAUAGGACAGUACGAAGUGUGUGUGUGUAGUGUAGUGUGUGUGUGUGUGUGUGUGUGUGUGUGUGUGUGUGUGUGUGUGUGUGUGUGUGUGUGUGUGUGUGUGUGUGUGUGUGUGUGUGUGUGCG